AGGGCGAGAAACUAAGCUUAGCAAACGACCGGUCGAUACCGGUGGUCGCACCUAUUCCUGGCACACGCGCCUUCCCGCGCCCCCAGAUAACAGAUGGAAGGAACAGAGGUCCAUCAGCUGAUUGUGAUAAUCGAGCACGCCACCUUCCGGAGCAAUGGGUUCCUGAAGCCGAACCCGUACGUCGAGUUUUCGAUCGAUGGCAAGAGCGCCCGCAAGACAGAUUUCAUCAAAAACACCAACACACCGAAAUGGAACGAGCGCUUCCUGAGCCUUGUGUCAUCGGGAUCCAUUCUGCACUUCCGCGUGUUGGACCAUUCGAGCUUUCGAAAGGAUUCGCUGCUGGGCCAACAGACCGUCGAUCUGGCGAGCAUUCUGCGCCACUACAACGGGGUGCUCGAGUUGCUCGAGCUUAACAUGGACCUGCUGAUUGACGGCAGCGCCUCGUCCAAGACGGGGAGCAGUAGCAGCCACAGUGAACUACGGCAACCGGUAAAGGCCGGCGAACUGGUCGUUGUGCUCGAUGGACUAAAAAUCGAUAUGCGACCGAUGGCGGGUAGAAACGGCAGUGGAAGCGUGGUGCCCGGAUCGUUCGGGAUGGCGAUACCAUCGAUCGCCGGUAGCAGCGACAGCGGAAGCAUGGUCAAUGGCAAUGGGUUAUCGAGCGGAUUGGACCUUAUGCAGAACGGAGCCCAGUGCCACACGUUUCGCAGCAGUAUACUGAACGGUGGCAUACGGGCUCGGAUGCGUUUGCGAGGCAGUGGAUCCCAACAGCUGCAACCGCCUCCAGGUGUUGGCAGUGGGAUUGGAGCACCAAGCAUAAAUCAUGCAUUAGUUGCAUCAUCAUCGUCAUCGGCACCUGGCCAGCAGCAACAUUCACCGGCCCUUGGCAACAACAGUAGCAGCAACAGUACGUCGGCAGUUGUUGCGUAUGAUCCUGAAAUCCGGUUCAGUGCGCUCAGCAUACAAUCCCCUUACGACGAUAUGGGGAACGGCGUUGCGAUGGGAUCGUCCCCGAAUGGUGGCGGGUCUUCCUCAUCGACCGGUGCCAUCCGUCGAAGCGGCGCCAAUUGGGAUCAACAGAACGUGUCUCCCGUGCCGCCAGCAACCGCAUCGCAUACCCGCCUCGGUCCCGUGUACUCCAAUGCGUCGCAGGACGGCUUGAUAAACGGCGGUGUUCCGGGUGCCGGUGGUGGUGGCAGCCCAGGUGGUGGCAACGCGAUGCCCAUUGGAGGCAGUUUGACCGAUCAACAGAUUUUACUGCAACACCAUGAGCAGCAGCACCAGCAACAAAAUGCCCUCGACGAUGAACCGCUACCGGCCGGCUGGGAGAUGCGGGUCGAUAAGUUUGGCCGGCGUUACUACGUGGACCACAACACACGGUCAACGUACUGGGAGAAACCGCAACCCCUGCCGGCCGGUUGGGAGCAGCGGCGCGACCCACGAGGGCGCGUUUACUACGUCGAUCACAACACGCGCACCACAACGUGGCAGCGGCCAAACAGUGAGCGCCUGAUGCACUUCCAGCACUGGCAAGGCCAGCGGCAGCACAUCAUCUCGCAGGGCAACCAGCGCUUCCUGUACCCGCAGCAUGCCCAGCAAUCGAACACGAUCUCGGUGCCGCACGAGGAGGACGAUGGGUUGGGUGCGUUGCCGGAAGGUUGGGAAAAACGGGUCCAGCCCGACAAUCGGGUGUACUUUGUGAACCACAAAAAUCGAACCACCCAGUGGGAGGACCCAAGGACCCAGGGCCAAGAGGUGAGCAUGCUGGCGGAGGGUCCACUGCCGCCCGGCUGGGAAAUCCGUUACACGGCGACCGGGGAACGGUUCUUCGUUGAUCACAACAAUCGUAAGACAACGUUCGAAGACCCUCGGCCAGGGGCACCGAAAGGGGCCAAGGGAGUGUACGGUGUCCCGAAGGCUUACGAGCGGUCGUUCCGCUGGAAGCUGAGUCAGUUCCGGUACCUGUGCCAGAGCAAUGCGCUCGCUUCGCACAUUAAAAUAACGCUGACACGCCAAACACUGUUCGAGGACUCGUACCACCAGAUCAUGCGCCUUCCGGCGUACGAGCUGCGGCGCCGGCUGUACAUCAUCUUCCGCGGCGAGGAAGGGCUCGACUAUGGUGGCGUAUCGCGCGAAUGGUUCUUCCUGCUGUCCCACGAGGUGCUCAACCCGAUGUACUGCCUGUUUGAGUACGCGAACAAGAACAACUACAGCCUGCAGAUCAACCCGGCCAGCUACGUCAAUCCGGACCACCUGCAGUACUUUAAGUUCAUCGGCCGCUUCAUCGCGAUGGCCCUGUACCAUGGGCGGUUCAUCUACUCGGGCUUCACGAUGCCGUUCUACAAGCGCAUGCUGAACAAGAAGCUAACGACCAAAGACAUCGAAUCGAUCGAUCCGGAGUUCUACAACUCGCUGAUCUGGGUGCGGGACAACAGCAUCGACGAGUGCGGGCUCGAGCUGUGGUUCAGCGUGGACUUCGAGGUGCUCGGGCAAAUCAUUCACCACGAACUGAAGGAGAACGGCGACAAGGAGCGCGUGACGGAGGAGAACAAGGAGGAGUACAUUUCUCUCAUGACCGAGUGGCGUAUGACGAGAGGUAUUGAGGAACAAACUAAGACGUUUCUGGACGGGUUCAACGAGGUAGUGCCACUCGAGUGGUUGAAGUACUUUGACGAGCGAGAACUCGAGCUAAUGCUGUGCGGUAUGCAGGAGAUCGACGUCGACGAUUGGCAACGCAACUCGAUCUACCGACACUACAACCGCAACAGCAAGCAGGUCGUUUGGUUCUGGCAGUUUGUCCGCGAAACGGACAAUGAAAAACGUGCCCGAUUGCUGCAGUUCGUGACCGGGACGUGCCGGGUGCCGGUGGGAGGAUUCGCCGAGCUGAUGGGUUCGAAUGGGCCGCAGCGGUUCUGCAUCGAGAAGGUGGGCAAAGACACGUGGCUGCCACGAUCUCACACCUGUUUCAAUCGGCUCGAUCUGCCACCGUACAAGAGCUACGAUCAGCUGGUGGAGAAGCUCAACUAUGCGAUCGAAGAGACGGAAGGUUUCGGGCAGGAGUAAACAGGAAGACACAGCGGAAGAGAGAGAGA